AUGACCAUGGAAGAACUUCCCGUCUCCAACCAGUGCGUGACGACCUACACAUUAGAAACCAAAAACCUCUCAUACACUCACCAAAACCCAAGUCAUCACCAAUUUACCCGCCUAUUAUCCUCCAAGAUAUCACUAUCACCACCACCACCCAAGUAUAUCAUCAAGAACGUCACCCUCGUGGCCCGGCCCGGCCAGCUCACGGCCAUCGCCGGGCCUAGCGGUGCUGGCAAAACCACCCUCCUCGAGAUCCUCGCCGGCAAAAUCGACCCCGGAAAACUCUCCGGUCAGAUCCUCGUCAACGGCAGCCCAAUCGACCCUUCCACUUUCCGCCGCUUGUCGGGCCACGUCAGCCAAGACGAUGCCCUCUUCCCCCACCUCACCGUCGAGGAGACCUUCACCUACAGCGCCCUCUUCCGGCUUCCCCGCCACUGGGCCAACCACCGAGCCCGCCAGGUCAUCCGAAACCUCGGCCUCGACCAUGUGGCCAACUCGAGAAUAGUCGAGAUCUCCGGCGGCGAGAGGCGCCGGGCCUCGAUCGGCAUCGAGUUAGUCCACAACCCGGGAGUCUUGCUCGUGGACGAGCCCACCUCCGGCCUCGACUCCUCCUCCGCCCUCCAUGUUGUCUCUCUUCUCCGGUCGGCCGCAGCGGCCGGAAAAACUGUCGUCCUCACCGUCCACCAACCGGGCGCCCGAAUCCUCGACCUCCUCGACAAUCUAAUCCUCGUUUCGAACGGGCUCGUCGUGCAUCACGGCCCGCUCGACCUUCUUGAGUCCCGUCUCCGCCUCGCCGGCCUUGUCAUCCCCCUGCGCCACGUCAACAUCCUCGAGUUCGCCAUCGAAAUCGAAAUCGAAACGGAAACUCUAUCAUCAUCUCACCAAGAAACGAUGACGACGAUAGAGCGUGGGCCCCCACGGAGUACACUCGUGGGCCCCACGGCGAUGACCAAUUUCUGCGCAAACUCCCGGCUCGACGAGAUGCUCGUGCUUGGAGACCGGUUCCGGAAGAACAUCUUCCGGACGAGGGAGCUCUUCGCUGCGCGGGCGGUGCAGGCGGUCAUCGUGGGGUCCGCGCUCGGGACCGUUUACAUGAAAGCGGUGCGGGAAAAGAACUCGGGACUACUCGAGACGCGGCUCGGGUUCUUCGCGUUCACGCUAAGCUACCUGCUAACGUCAUCAACCGAGGCCCUACCGAUAUUCCUAAGAGAGAGGAAGGUGCUCGAGCGGGAGGUCUCGUCCGGGGCGUACCGAGUCUCGUCCUACGUGGCGGCCAACGCACUGGUAUUCGCCCCUUUCCUUCUACUAGUAGGGAUCCUCUACAGCGCGCCCGUUUAUUGGUUGGUCGGGCUCAGGCGCGACGUGGACGGGUUCCUCUACUUUGCGGUGGUCGUGUGGGCGGUGGUGAUGGCGUCAAACUCGUUCACGGCGUGCUUCAGCGUGGUUGUACCGGAUUUCAUCGUGGGGUCGAGCGUGAUAGCCGGGCUGAUGGGCUCGUUUUUCCUGUUCUCGGGAUAUUUUGUGGCGAGGGAGGAUAUGCCGAGGUACUGGGUUUUGAUGCACUAUUUGAGCCUUUUCAGGUACCCAUUUGAGAGCAUGGUGAUGAAUGAAUAUGGCGGGAAGAGGUGCGUGGAGUAUGUGGGGGUGGAGUGUGUGUUGUAUGGGGAAGAGUAUUUGAGGGAGAAGGGUUUUCGGGAGUGGGAAAAAUGGAGUCAUUUGGGCGUGAUGUUUGGUUUUGCGGUUGGGUACAGGGUCAUUUGUUUUCUCAUUUUGUGGUGGAGAGGGUGUGGGGCGAGGAAAUGA